CUGAGGGCGGAAGACGGCCGCACCAUCAUGUGACCGCUGAAGUCAUCUGUUUAGUUUAGGUCCAGAGGAUGACGCUGAAUGUGUUUUAUAUACAAGAGCAGGUGCUACGGAUCAAGGCCAGCAACAAUGACCAAAUCAGUCAGUUACAGGCUCUGCAAUCACUGACACAUCUCCAGCUUGAUUUCUGGAGAGAGCCUUCCAGCACUAAUAUACCAGUUGAUGUCAGAGUUCCAAUUGAAAGUUUCCAAUCUGUAAAGGUGUACCUGGAAUCCAACAAUAUUGAGUACUCCGUAAUGAUAGAAGAUCUGCAGGAGGUGAUAAAUGCAGAGAAACAGGAGAUGGAACUCAAUGAAAGGAAGGAACGUAACUCUGGAGCUUUCAACUAUGGAGCUUAUCAUACUCUGGACAAUAUUUACAGAGCUAUUGACUUGAUUGUGUUGGAUUACAAGUCGCUAAUCAGCAAACACCAGAUGGGGUUUUCAUAUGAAGGGCGCCCUAUGUAUGUCCUUAAGUUCAGCACUGGCGCCAAUCGUCCUGCUAUUUGGGUUGAUGCUGGCAUUCAUUCCCGUGAGUGGGUCACCCAAGCUACUGCCCUGUGGACUGCACACAAGCUUGCUUCUGACUAUGGGAAAGAUGCAUCUGUAACGUCGCUAUUGAACAGUUAUGAUUUGUUUCUCCUGAUUGUCGCAAACCCUGAUGGAUAUGCAUUCUCACACUCAUCAGACCGUAUGUGGCGCAAAACCCGGUCUAUUAAUAGCGGUAGCGGUUGUGUUGGUGCUGACCCCAACAGAAACUGGGAUGCAGGAUUUGGGGGACUUGGAGCCAGCGCUGAUCCCUGCUCUAAUACAUAUCAUGGUCCUAGAGCUGAGUCGGAGUUGGAAGUAAAGACCAUGGCAGACUUUAUUAGGAGACAUGGCAAUAUCAAAGGUGUUGUGAGCAUUCACAGCUACUCCCAGUUAAUUCUCUUCCCUUAUGGAUACAAGUGCACCAACCCUGCUGACUUUACUGAACUGGAUAAUGUUGGCAAAGCUGCUGCUAGUGCGCUGAGCUCUCUGUAUGGCACUGAGUAUAAAGUUGGAACAAUCUGCUCUACGAUCUACCAAGCUAGUGGUGGAAGUAUCGAUUGGACCUAUGACAUCGGAAUCAAGUACUCAUUUGCCUUUGAGCUGAGAGACACUGGACACUAUGGCUUUCUGCUUCCUCCCACUGAGAUCCUCCCAACAGCAGAGGAGACCUGGCUGGGGCUGAAAAAGAUCCUGGAGCACAUACGUGACAACCCUUACUAAACAGGAUACUACAGUCUAUUGCAACGUGACAGUCACUGACUGUGACAAAACAUCAAUAAAAUACUCAUCCUGCUCUUCUUGUGUAUUAAAUGAAACCAAAAAUGUUCUAGUUUUUAAAUUUUUCAUAGUUACAUUUUUCUUACAAUACAAUUAUGAAAAAAUAUAUUUUGUUCUAGAGUUUGCGGAGAAUAGGGUGGACUAUAUAGAACUGGUCUGGAUACUGUCAUAAAUAAAAAGGCAUUUUCAGA